AUGGUCUCCUCAAGCAUCUCAACCGUCGAUCUCUCUCCUUUCUUCAAUGAGGAAGGUGAUGAGCAUGGAAAAAAGGAGGCAAUAGAGAAAAUAACCAAGGCUUGCUCUGAGCAUGGCUUCUUCAAUAUAAUGAACCAUGGCAUACCCACUGAUCUUAUGAAUAAAGCCCUCCAACUCUCCAAGACAUUCUUUCAAUACCCACCUGAAGAGAAGCUCAAGUUGAGUCCUGCGCCAGGUGACUGUCAGAUUCCUGUUGGCUACAACAUACAACCAGAUCACUCGGUGGAUAAGAAUGAGUACUUCCUCGUGUUCCAACCGGGGUCAAGCAUGAAUGUGUACCCUGAAAAUCUACCUGAACUCAGGAGUGUGAUGGAAGAUCUCUAUUCUCGCUUUGUUGGAAUUGGUUCUCUUUUGGAAAGCAUCAUAAAUGACUGCUUGGGGCUCCCUCCGAAUUUCCUUAAAGAGUACAAUAAUGAACGGGACUGGGAUUUCAUGGCGGCGUUCCACUAUCUCCCUGCGACAGAGAGUGAGGCAAACGGAAUCACGGAGCAUGAAGAUGGGAACUGCAUCACCUUCGUGUUCCAGGAUGAAGUUGGAGGCCUCGAAGUUCGCAAGGAUGGGGAGUGGAUUCCCGUUGUUCCCGUGGAAGGCCAGAUUGUGGUCAACGUGGCUGAUUUCAUUCAGGUGCUGAGCAACAAAAAGUUCAAGAGUGCCACUCACAGAGUGGUGAGAUCGAAAGGAAGAAGCCGUUACUCAUACGGCUUCUUCUAUAAUUUGCAUUGGGACAAAUGGGUGGAGCCGCUGCCACAGUUUACCACGGAGAUAGGAGAGCCGCCCAAGUACAAAAGAUUCCUAGUCAAGGAGUACCAGAAGAUGAGGAUGAGGAACAAGCUUGAUCCGCCAGCUAGACCGGAAGAUGAGAUUGGCAUCACUUACUAUGCCAUUAAUACUUAG